AUGAGCGUCGCGUUUGGCUGCGGGUUUGACAACGAGGGGCUCUUCGCUGGCGCCGCUGGCCUCCUCGGCCUUGGCGCUGGAAAGCUCUCCUUCCCAUCUCAGAUAUUCGCGUCCUCGACGAACUCCUCCACCGCGAAUUCCUUCUCCUACUGCCUCGUGGAUCGCAGCAACCCAAUGACGCGCUCGUCCAGCAGCCUGAUAUUCGGUGCCGCCGCGAUCCCGUCCACCGCCGCGCUUUCGCCGCUGCUCAAGAACCCAAAGUUGGACACCUUCUACUACGCGGCCAUGAUCGGGGUGAGCGUUGGCGGCGCCCAGCUCCCCAUCUCGCUCAAAUCCCUCCAGCUCUCGCAGAGUGGCAGCGGGGGCGUGAUCAUCGACUCUGGGACCUCGGUCACUCGGUUCCCCACCUCGGUCUACGCCACCAUCCGCGACGCGUUCCGGAAUGCCACGACCAACCUCCCGUCGGCUCCACGCUACUCGCUCUUCGAUACGUGCUACAAUUUCUCCGGGAAGGCGAGCGUGGAUGUGCCUGCGCUGGUACUCCACUUCGAGAAUGGGGCGGAUCUCCAGCUCCCUCCUACGAAUUACUUGAUCCCGAUCAACACCGCCGGGAGUUUCUGCCUGGCGUUUGCUCCCACGUCCAUGGAGCUCGGGAUCAUCGGCAACAUCCAGCAGCAGAGCUUCCGGAUUGGAUUUGAUUUGCAGAAGAGCCACCUAGCCUUUGCUCCUCAGCAGUGCAAAUGA